GGGUUUGAGCAUGUGGACAUUCACACCUCAUCUGCGCCAUACAAAAUGGUUACGGCCGCACCGUUUUUGUCGUCACUUUCUGCAGCAUGUGUCAGACGGUAGCAAGAAAAGCUUCUCUUCGGCGAUCGAACCACCGUCGCUGCCUGUCUCCAUUUACAUUCACUGGCCGUAUUGUGAAAGUAAAUGCACAUACUGCUCGUUCAACAAGUAUCACAUACCUCAAGGGUGAGUGACAAGAACGACCCGAUAGACGUAUUGUGAUAGCUCCACAGUUGCAGGCGGAGAAGGAGUACAAUCCAUCAUCUCUGACAAGCGCUGAUAAUAGAGGGCAGGACCAUGACAGAAUGGAACACGCUUUAUUAUCAGAACUAGAGCACGCCCUCUCGGUGCCUCUAGAAAAUGUUUUGAAUCCCGAUAAGGUUCCGCCCACAUCGAAAGGGGAAGCACCUCGGCGACGAGUGAAUUCGGUAUAUUUUGGAGGAGGCACCCCGAGUUUGGCAAGGGUAGGAUAUACAUAUAGUCAUCCGUUCUUUCCUUGGUAUUUCGUAUAUGAUGGAAUCAUCAUGGUUAAUAGAUUCACGCCUAAUUGUCGUUUAUCGUCCAUUACUUGUCCCCCUUUCCCGUGGUGCCUUUUUUGAUGCUUCAUGCACUAGCCUACGAUGAUAUCCUCCAUUUUGGACCUGAUCGCCUCGAAAUGCAAUGUUUCACCAUCGAUGGAAGUAACGCUAGAAGGCAACCCAACGUCUAGUGAAAUGGCCCGUCUACGAGAUUUUCGUGCAGCAGGGAUUAAUCGCAUGUCCCUGGGCAUCCAGGCGCUCGAUAACAAUGAUCUCCGCUUUUUUGGCCGUGACCAUUCCGUGAUGGAAGGUAUAUCAGCCGCCCGAUCUGCCGUAGAGUUGUUUGAUGCCGUGUCGUUAGAUUUCAUAUGGGGAAGACCUCGUCAAAGUCUUCAUGCUUGGGAGGAGGAGCUAGGGAUUGCGGCAGCCCUCAAUCCAACGCAUCUAAGCCUUUACCAUCUGACAGUUGAACGUGGAACACCGCUUUUUGACUUUGCGAAAUCUGGGAGUGUUUCUCUCCCUAAUGAGGAUGCGUCCGGUGAAAUGUACGAAAGGACCGUCGAGGUCGCAGAGAAAAACGGUUACAUUCAGUACGAAGUAUCAUCUUUUGCAAGGGAUGGUAAUCUGAACAAUAGAAGUCGGCAUAAUUUGUCUUAUUGGACUGGCAUGGAUUACAUAGGAAUCGGUCCAGGUGCUCAUGGCAGGUUGUACGGCGCUCACGACUUUCAAAGAUUUCGAACCUUUAGAAUCCUUGAUCCAAAUACCUGGAUGAAACAAUGCGAGGAGAUCGGGCAUGGGAUGCGAAAAGUCGUCCCGAUGCCGCAUCAGCAGACACUUCAGGAACUCAUCGUAUUAGGCCUCCGUACCAGUGACGGUGUGGAUUUUCGCAAUCUGUCACUGCACAUGGCAAAGCAUGUGGAUUACAUCAUGGAGAUUCUGGACUUCGCUCGUGCGCAGGAUUUUGUGGAUGCUGGAUUAUUGGAGUGGAUUGAUGGACAGGUGGUUUCUGUAGGUGGCGGACGGUGGGUAAGCGGAAUUCGACCGACAAGAAAGGGAUUGGCCGUUGUGGAUGGUAUAGUGGUUGAGAUAACGUCUCUGAAACCGGGAAACUGAGGAUUGGAACUGCCGUUCAACACGUUUAACAACGUGAGCAUACCAUGCGGGACUUGAUGAGAGAGGAAGAGAAAGUGUAGGCGAAUGUGAGAAAGUGCGAGCACAAGAAGAGUAUAAGGAUGUUCAGACUCAAUAUACAUAUGAGCCGGAUUGACUUUGGCUCCCCUUGCAUGGUCC